AUGUCGACUUCAGACUUCCUCAUCGUCCGCAUCAUCCCCACCCAGCCCGUCGGGCCAACCGCCUUCAGGGCCGCGCUGCAGGGCAUGACCAUUAUCGCGUGGGAUAAGUGGGUUCGCGAUGCCCAGAACGACAGGGAGCUAGGUAGGGCCACCGGGCUCGCCACAAGGCCGCAGAACGGGGUUCCUCUCUCAGACAUCCCUCUGCUGGGCCUCUCCGGGACCCCGCCUGUGCUGCAGCAGACCAUCAUGCAGCACUUUGGUGUCCUGCCAAACAACCAAUACCAGAUGUACUCGGUGGCGACGGCCGUCAUCGUAGUCAACCGGGCAGCACUGGACGGUCCCGACAAGGAAUAUCCCACGCCCACUUCGUACGAUGUGAGACUGGAGUUGGGCGCCUCUGCGGGCCCGAUUGCAGUUGUGAGCCGCCAAAAGAUAGUAGACUUCAACAUCAAGCCCGUCACGGCCACACUGUCCAAGAGCCAGCCUUUCUACAUGAAGAUAGCCACGGAUGUAUACCUUCCCGUCGACGUACCGGUAUCUCCACUCCCUGCCGGCACCAACGUCGUCACCCCCAGUCGAGACGGGACGCCUCCGAGCUUCUCGGCCCUGAAGGACGCCAUUAACUCGGUUCUCGCCAAGGACUCGCCCGACGGGGCAUCGUCACUGGAGACCAUGACAACCUACCUCAGCACAGCCCAGGCCCAGCAGAUCGCAGCCGAGCUGAUCAACAACAGACUCCUGGAUCCAGCCCCCGUCGCCCCGUAUCCCACCACGGACCUCGUAAACGGGAACCCAGGCACCAUCUUCGAGGACAUGUACACGAUCGCCGACACAGGCGGCCAAGUCGAGCAAUCCAUCGACGAGGCGCGGACCAAAUUCGAGGGCGAGCGAUCCUCGUACUACGCCCUCCACACCUCCGACUCCCUCCAGCUAGCCAACUUCGUCUUCUCCGUCAUCGCCGCCAUCUACGCCGAGUUCUACACCUCCCAAGCCCCCCGCGCCGCCCUCGAGGUACCCAUCAAAUCCAACAUCAACCACGUCUCCGCGAUCAGCACCCCAACAAUCUCCCUCUCGGGCCCCAACGGCGGCCCCCUAGACCCCCCCUUCACCGUCCCAGCAGCCUUCUUCUACGCCCUAACCACCACCUACGCCAUCUCCCAAGACCCCAACACACGCCUCAACCUCCUCCUAACCACCCCCGCCUCCACCCUCACCAGCACCCUCUCCCUCGCCAUCUCCGCCGGCGUCCUCGGCCCCGCCCCGAUAACAUGCACCAGCACCCUCCAAACCAGCGCCUCCACAACCCUGACGCCCGCGCAGGCGAUCCGCCGCCUUUCCGCGCUGCAGGCAUCCGCGCGCCCCGCCCCAUCGCAGCAGGUCGUUGAUCUCGGCGCCGUCGACGCCGACGUCCGCGGCCUGGUAUCCGCGUGGCUGGGGUUCGCGGGCGCCGACGCAGACGUCGCCGAACAGGUGUGGUUCCCCGCGGCGCGGGCGCGGGCGUACCUUGCGGCGGUGCUGGAGGUCGUGGCGCCGGGGGACGAGGCGCUGAUUGGGGAGGUGCUGGUUGAUCUUCGGAUGCCGCCUGGGGCCGGGGGGACGACGGGGUUGGGGGGUGUGGUGCAGGAUGUGGAUGAUUUGCUGCUGGUCACGGAGACGCAGUGGUUGGAGUUUUUUACGCGGCAUGGGGAGUUGUUGCCUAGGCAGUACUUGCUUGGCGAUCUGGCGAGUCGGGUGCAUUCGUUUGUGCAGGAUGUGACGAAGGUGCUGUUUGUCUUGCCGCCGCCGCAGGGUGCUCCGGGCCCGGCUAGCCAACCGGCUAUUCCGAGUCUGGGUGGUGCCUCGGACGGGGAUGUUCUGGUGCUGUUCUUUAGUAGUUACGGUAGCUUCUCACUCUCGGACACGCUGGACGAGGCUAAGCUCGAGGACAUCAAGGCGGCGGCGCUUCAGCUGUUCGGAGGGGACGAAGGCGUCGCAGCUUUUGUUGCUUCCGCCGUCUACGAGCUGUGGGUUCUCUAUCAGCUUACGGACUUGAAAGACUCCCAGGAUCCGAGCAAGCCAAUCGACAACUCGCUCAGAUUCUCAUACAUGGAAGCCCUCCACUCGAGGGGCUUUACCAGCGCAGACAAGGUACGAGUCAUCGCCCGGUCGCUCUUCCCCAGCGCCCUGUCUGGAACGGUCGCCUUCCCCCGAGCCGAGGAGAUUCACGACAAGGCGAUGGACCUUCCCUCCGAUCCUGACUCCGAUUCCGGCGACUACGGCCCAGAGCCGGGCCAGGUGUUCAAGCCCAUUAAUCCGGGAAACCUGGUGAACUGCGAGCCGCCCUGCCAUCUCUCCCCGUUCGGCCCAGUGCAGUACCUCAACCACCUGCUCUCCCUCUCAUCCGGCACCCAGACACUCGGCGGCGUGCUGGCGAGUCGGCGAGGGCCGCUUGCGAGCCUGCUCGUCACGGACGCGAAUCUCAACACUCCAGUCCCCGUCAUCGACCUCGUCAACGAGAGUCUCGAGGCACUAGCAGCCGAUCCCCAAGCUGGGCACGGUGCUGUCUACAACACCGCCGACAGCGGCCUCUCGGAGCUGGACAUCGCUGGGACCCCACCACUGGUCAUCGCCCCCACGCUGACAGCGCAGGACAUCGUGAGGGCCCUACCACAGCACUCAGCACCGCACCUACCGCUAGACCAGCCCACCGUCUACGACGCCCUCAAGACCUCGGUGGCCGGGCCGAACCUACCCUACGCGCAGGGCCUAGACUUCUCGCGCACCUACCUGGAACCCCUGGGCACGUCGCGCUUCGAGGUGCUGCGCACCUUCCGGCGGGACAUCACCGAGCUCGCGCAGGACGCCGCGGGCGAGCCCGACUCGUUCCAGCGGGAGCUGUGGCGCCUGCCGGUGCGGUACGAGGCGGCGCUCGAGUACCUGGGCGUCUCGCCGGACGAGGCGACCGUGAUCUACGGCGGCGACAUGGCCGCGUCGACGGCGAUGCAGCUGCUGGGGCUGCGGGACGCCGACGCCGACACCGCUGCCAACCUGCUGCAGGUGGCCGUGUUCGUCCGCGUCGCCGGCAUCACGUACUGCGAGUUCCUCGAGCUGCAUCGCAGUCGCUUGGUCAAUUUCGGGCCGGCUGGCGGCGGGGAGUUCCCCGAGUGCAUGCCCUGCUGCCCUGACAAGGUGGUCAUGUCGUUUCCCGGGGAGAGGUCCGCCGCCGCCGAGAUCCUCAAGCUCGUUAUCUUCGUCCGGCUCUGGCGGAGUGUCACCGGGGUCGGCGGGCUGCCUAUCUCGAUGAAGAUCCUGGCGGAUAUCUGCGAGGUGCUCGGCCUGUUCACGGACAGGAACGUCAACCCGGGGUUCCUGCGCCAGCUCGCCUCGCUGCUGAUGCUUCAGCAGAUCUGGGACCUGCCCUGGACAAGCCCUACCCUGGCUGACCCAUCAGCCGACCAGCCAGAUCAGCGCACCACCCUCCUAGCCAUAUGGGCCGGACACGGGAUAGGCACGGACGAGUUCAAGUGGGCAGUCGAGGCGCUCCUCCACGGCAUCGAGAAGCACAGCAUCCACAAAUACGAGUGUCCGAAGCGGCCAGCGUCGUGGCACAAGCUGAUAGCCGCGAACCUCGACGCGCUGGCUACACUGGCGGGGUUCGACGCGGCCCACACGUGGUACUCGAAGCCGACCUGCACGAUCCGUUUCGUCGAGGUCCUGGCCAAGCUGUACGUGUCGUCCUUCACCGUCGGCGAGAUCCUGUUCCUGUUCACGACGCGAGACCACCUCCGGUCCGACGACCCGUUCCCCUUCACCGAAGCAGACGAGUCGUACGACGACCCGCUGAACGUCCCCGAGGACGACGAAGAAACCGGGCUCUGGGCGCUGCGCCGCAAGCUGCUGGAUGUCGACGUCGAGGUCUGCGACGAAGACGCCGAGCUCUGGACCUGGCCCGCGAUAGACGCCGCCCUCCACGAGAUGGGGUACCGGCCACACGGGGAGGAAUACUCGCUAGCCUACUUGGCAGAGCACUUCUUCCCCGAGAUCCUGCAGGAGCACGGCCACCACGUCCCGGCAGACAAGCGCCGCUUCACCGCGCCCAUCUCGGGCCCCACCUCGGCGCAGAUCUGGCAACCCGCCAACAGCUGCUCGCCCUUCCACUAUGUCGCGGCCCUCGACUCCCGCGAGUCCCCCGCCACCUUGUGGGCCCAGCUCCCGCUGCGCGACGGCGACGUCCUGCACACGCUGCGCGACCUCCGCCAGCUGACCGGGCCCGAGGCCUCGGCGGUCAGGGAGGUGUAUCUGAAGCCGCGGGCCGCGCUCGCGCCGUUCGCGCUGCUGUUCUCCAACUUCGACCACGCGGCGGGGGCUCUAAUCCAGGAGCCGUGCGUGCGCAAGCGGUUCGCCUUCUUCCGGCGCGAGUUUGCAAAGUUCCACCGGCGGUGCGGGAUCAUCGCCCGGCAUAUCCACGACGCCGUGUCCUCGGCGGCCGAGAUGGACAGCGAGGAGUGCCGGCGCGCGGAGGACUACAGGAAGCACGGGGCACAGGUGGCCCGGCGCAUCCUCCUGAGCCUCGUCGCGGACGAGAACAGGCCCGCGUCGCCGUGGGAGGCUGCCGACGACAGCGGGGCUGACCCGGCCCCGACGGACUUUGCGUGGGACCCCUGGUUUUCCGGCGGGGCGUUUGCGGCGCUGCUGGGGCUGGCCGGCACUGGGAUCGAGGGCGUGUACGAAGUCUCGCAGGGAAACACCGUCUGGAAGGAGGUGCGGGGCGGACUAGCCGGGUGGGGGGGGGAGUGUGACGAGUGGAACACGCCCGUGCCGACGGUGCUGCCGAGGCUGACGAUUGCCCCGUCUGAUGACCAGAGCACGCUCGUCUCCUUCAAGAACGGCUUCACUCUUUCCCAGGCGUCGGGGAAUGAGAUAUCCGGCGCCGAACCCUUCGAGGGCGUGUGGAAGGGGGUCCUGCUGGUCGAGAGGGCGGGCUGUUACCGCUUUGCUUUUACGUGUCCCGUUAAUGCGGGCGAGCAUAGCCACCACGACCACGACCACCACAACCACCAUCGCCACCACUGCGAGGGCCCCCACCAGUGGAGUGUCAAGAUAGAACGUGGCCAGAAGAAAUGGACUCUCCUCAACCGUGGGAUCGACAAGAACGAUGAGGACGUUUCGGAGAGCCACUCCAGGCAGGUCCCGCUCCGCCACGGCGCCUACGACAUCACCGUCGUCUUCCGGCAGCCAGAGCCGGACUUUGACGACGACGAAGACCUCCGCAAGCUACACACCGGCUUCCGGCUGUCAUAUACGGGCCCCGACACGCACGACUGCCCCGUCGAAGUCCCGCUCAAGGCGCUCUAUAUCAAGAGCAAGGACGGACCACUGUGGACCGGAGAGGAGGUGCCCAGGGUGAUUGUCGAGGUCCUCAACCUGAGGUACAUCCCGACCCUGCGAGAUGUCCGGCGGACAUACCAGCGGGCCUUCAAGGCAGUUCUGUUCGCGCACCGGUUCCGGCUGUCGGCCAUACCAACCCAUUGCGAGAGGGAGUCGGAGCUCGGAUACCUGCUGAGCCACCCCGACGACUUCCGCGGCACGUCCUACUACUGGGACGGCCUGUCACCGCCGACGGUCAAGACCCACUACGCCAACUUGGACUUCAACUUCCUGCCCGUCACCGACGCCUACCUCCCGCCCUCGGCGACCACAGACCAGCGAGUCCAACCCUCAUCCCAGCGCCAGGCCGCCAUGUUCGACUGGUUCGAGCGCAUCUUCGACUACACCACGCUGCGUCACGAGGUGCGGACGAAAUGCGAGCCCCCGCUCUGGCUUCUCUUCCACCACGCCAGCUCAGACUCCCCCCAGCGCGCCGACCAGCUCCUCCGCUUCCUGGCCAUCGAGAUCCACCUCGCGCCCCUCGCCCUCGAAUACUCCGCCACACCAGACAACCUCUUCGACAUCAGCGCCGACGCGGGCAACCUCGCCGACGAGCGCUGGGCGGUCCGGGUCUGGAAAUCCGGGCGCUGGCUCGACCGCGUCCGCCAGCACUUCUACGCGCCCACCACGGAACUGGCGCUCAGCCGCCCCGCGUUAUGGGCCACGACGCCGGACCCGAACGCGCCUGUCGUCACCAGCACGACGCCGCCGACAAGCGGGAACAUCAACCUCGCGCGCCUCGUCCAGCGCUCCAGCCUCUCCACAACGGCCGCGGCCCCGCGCCCGCGCCUGAUCGCGCGCCUCAGCGACGGGCUGCGGGUGCGCGCACGCGCCGCCCUGCUGGCGUACCUGGCCCGACCGGUCGGCGAAGUGUCGGACCAUCUCUUACUAGACGUCGACGCGGGGAUCGGCGAGGCAGCGACGCGCGUCGACGACGGGGUGGCGGCGGCGCAGCGGUUCGUGCAGAGGGCUGUGCUCGGGCUGGAGCCGGAGUUCCCCGUGGGCGAGGAGUUGCUGCGGAGGUGGGAGGGGUGCGGGUUGGGGUCGUUUGAAGGGUGGAGGGCGGGGCGGCGGAGGGAGUGGUAUCGUGAGAAUUGGUUGCUGUGGGAGGAGGCGGGGCGGGCGGGCCAGAGCGAGGGGGGCCGGAGCUUGGAGUUGGGGAUGCAGUCUGGGGUGACGACUGUUGCGACGCUGGCGAGGGACUUGACGUGGGGGGCCGCUGCUGUCGUGCCAAGACAGCCGGGAAAGCGUUCUGUCUCGGGAUACCAGGGGUUCGUCUUGGGGGAGCAACGUCAGGCUUUGGAUGAAGGGCUUGGGUUGAUGGGAACGCCAGAUCACAGCGCUAGGCCGACCUGGUUGACACCACUCAAGGCACUGGCCGAUGCUCCUUCUUCAGGGAGUGGAGGAGGGGGCGACGAUGAUGGCGGAGGAAUCAGCCUGAAAGAGGCGAUGGUCCUGACACCCAACUCCGUGGAACCCCCAUUCCCCGCAGCUGCCUCCCUCCAGUCGAUUCCGCUCUGGAUCCAGGCCGCUCUCCGACUGGGCACGAGAUUCAUCCGCGUCGCCGCGUCGAACGUGCCCAUCGCGGCGCCGUACGGACACCCUCACAAGGAGGUUUCGACCUGUGGGCAGUGCGGCAAGGAGCACGCGCCCGUCAUCGACGAGUACUACUUCUGGCUGCAGGACUCGCGGCGCUUCGACCCCACCGACGCCCCCGCCCCGCAGAACGCCGACGCGCACAACAACGUGCCCGGCGUGGACCAGACGCUGGACCCGAACCAGUCGCAGAUCGACCCGCGCACCAUCCAGGCGGACCCGACGUCAGAUUGGGACGCCCCAACGGCCAAGAUGCUGUUCUGGAAGUCGGAGCCGGCGGUGCACCUGCACUGGACGAGGGUGCACAUGGGCGUGCUGCAAGACCCGCGGCGGUCGACCGAGGCCAUCCCGCUGGUCGACGCGGACCUGUCCAGCCUGUACCUGGACCUGCGCGGCAGGGCCGUCGACUCUCUGCUCUUCAACGUCAAGAAGGGCGAUUCCACCACGGGGUUCCGCUACGACAUCGCCACCGACACCGCGGUGCCCGUUCCCGAAGCCGUCGAGAGAGACCCGCCGCCGCCGCUGCCCCUACCGGCGACGCUCGCCGACGCCCUCGCCGCGUUCCCGUACUUCCUCUACUUCGACGCCGGCGCGCCGCUCGUGCCGACGGGGACGUUCGGGACGAGCUUGCUAAUCGCGUCCUCGCUGCGCGCCGAUUGCCACUACCAGGCUUCCACGAGCUGGCUGAGGCUCGCGUACGACCCCCUGUCCAGAGACAACAGCUGGGCGCCGUGUCCUGAUAGUGAAGCCGCCAGAGAGGCGGUAUUACCAGCCAACCCCGAUUCCGCCUCCACGGACCUGUUCUCCAGCAACUCCAGUCUCAGUCAUGCUCUCGCGGCAACAGAGACAGUAGACGUAAAUGACACAGUCGUCGCCGUCGCCGUCACCGAACGGUCUCGAUUCCCCCAAGACGGGACAUGCUGCGACACAGCCCCCGCCAAAGCAGGCAGGGCCAGGAGCAGGGCCGUGGCGCUCGAAUACCUCGAGACGCUCCUCCUCUGGUCGGAGGGGCUGCUGUGCCGCAACUCGCUCGAGGCCGACCAGCAGGCCCUGACGCUGCUGACCGUCGCCGCCAGGGUCCUGGGCCCGCGGCCGAAGCAAGUCGACGCCGCCGACCUGACGGGCGGGACCAUGACGGUGGCGACCUUCCAGGCGUCGUCGCCCGCGCUGAACCCGAGGCUCGUGGGCCUGUACGACGCCGUCGCGCACCGCCUCGCCGCGAUCCGGAGCUCCGUGAAUAGGCGGGGGCUGCCGGGGGGCGCGCUCGACAAGGACAGGGCGGUCUGGGGGUCUCACAGGAGGUUCGACCUCGGGGACCACCACGGCGGCCUGAGCGACGAGUGUGGCACGUCGUCGUGCGUGUACUCGUGCUGCCAGCCGUACCGCUUCAGCGCGAUCCUGCCCAAGGCCAACGAGUGGGUGGCCAUAACCAAGUCAACGGGUGCGGCGCUGCUCUCUGCGUUCGAGCGGGCCGACGGCGAGGCUCUAUCGGCACUCCGGACGGCGCAGGAGCGGCAGGUGACGGAGCUGGGGCUCGAUGUGUCCAAGAACCAGUACCGUGCCGCCGACUGGGACGUGCAGGCGCUGGACAAGCAGAUGGCGGGAGCGGUGGCACGGCUGCAGUACUACCAGCGGCUGAUCCAGGACGGGCUCAUCGCCAACGAGAUGGGCUACGUGUUCGGCACGACGGCGUCCAUGGCCAGCCGCACGAGCGCCACCAUCUCCGAGGGCGUGGGCCAGGGCAUGGCGUCGGUGCCGGACAUGUGGAUGGGCAUCGCCGGCACCAUGGGCAGCCCGCUGCAGUUCCAGCAGAUGCCCAUGGGCAACAAGAUGGGUGCGGGCUUCGCCGCCGCCGCCCGCAUCCUCAACACCGUCGCCGACAUCGCGGGGUCGGGCGCCGGCCUGCACGCCACCCAGGGCGGCUGGGACCGCCGCGAGCAGGAGUGGCAGCACGAGUGCGACGCCCUCGUCUACGAGAUCCAGCAGAUCAAGCGCCAGCGCCUGGCUGCCCGGCGCAGGCUCGACGUCUCGCUGGCCGAGAUCAACAUCACCCAGCGGCGCAUCGAGCACUCGGCCGAGGUCCAGGACUUCACACGCGACAAGCUUACGAAACACGAGCUGUGGCUAUACCUCGCGCAGGAGAACGCCGCUCUCUACAGACAGACCUACGACGCCGCCGCCCGGGCCGCCCGCGAGGCCCAGCAGGCGGCGCGCUACGAGCUCGGCGACGCGGAACUGGACUUCAUCCCUUCCGCCGCGGGCGCCUGGGACAGCCUGCACGAGGGCCUGCUAGCGGGAGAGAAGCUGGAACUCGGGCUACGAUCGAUGGAGCGGGCGUACAUGAGCCGCAACUGCCGCGAGUACGAGCUGACCAAGCACAUCUCGCUGCGGCUGCACUUCCCGGCGGCCUUUGUGCUGCUCAAGUCGACGGGCCGCUGCGAGGUCGACGUGCCCGAGUGGCUGUUCGACCUCGACUACCCGGGCCACUACAUGCGCCGCAUCAGGAACGUGUCGCUGACCAUCCCCUGCGUCGCGGGGCCCUACACCGGCAUCCACUGCCGCCUGCAGCAGCUGAGCAGCUCGAUCCGCGUGCGCCCUACGGUGGCGCCGUCGGGCCACUGCGCCUGCUGCGAGGAGGAGCAAAAGCAGGGUACCACCAAGGCCCCCCGGCGCUGCACCCACGACGCCAACCUAGCCACGCGCUUCGCCGGCACCGAGGCAAUCGCCACGUCGAGCGGGCAGGGCGACGCGGGGCUCUUCGAGGUCAGCUUCAGCGACCCGCGGUACCUACCGUUCGAGUACACGGGCGCCGUCUCGCGCUGGCGCAUCGACCUCCCGCCCGAGAACAACCAAUUCGACCUCGACAGCCUGAGCGACCUGGUCAUGCACGUCAACUUCACGGCGCGCGAGGGCGGGCCCGACCUCCGGCGCGCCCGCCACGCCGUCGCGCAGGCCCACCUGCCCGCCGAUGGCCUGCGGUUCUUCGAUCUGCGGCACGAGAUGCCCGAGGCGUGGGCUGUCCUGAGGCGCGACGAUGGCGGCGGGAAGGAUGUUGACCAUCACCGCCGCCACGAGAGUCGCGCCGGAGAACAGCACAGACGCCCCCACCACAGACACCACCCCGGGCGCGCCUUCCGGCUCGCGCUCUCGCGCCAGAUGUUCCCGUUCAUGACCUCGCGGCGUCGCAUCGCCGUCGUCGCUGUCGACGUCUUGCUCGAUGUCCGUGACGAUGUGCCUGUGUUCCAGAUGCGGUUCACGCCCGCGGAAGGGGCUCAUUGUCCCGACACGGAGGUGGUGCCGUUUGUGCGCACCGCUGGGGGGAUUUGGAGGGGCGGGUUGGAGCUCGCGCGGCCGGUGCCGUUGCCGGAGCGGGGAGGGAGGGAGGCUGGAGCGGGUGGGGAGGGCGUGCUGGGAACGUUCGAGGUGCCGGCCGGGGUAAGGGGUGUGACGGGGGCUUGGGUGCUGUGUCGGUAUGAGGUGGUCAAGGAGUAGAGCUCUCGCUUGGCUGGGUUUUGGGAGGAGUCGUGCUUGUUGUUUGUUUCUCGAACUUGCCCUCCGGACCAGGAAGCUAUGCCAGUUACCUAGUGGGGGAAUAAUGGGUUAGCAAUUGGUAUUCACAUCUGAUAGCAUGCGACAGCCUGUAUUCCUCCAGCAAACCAUGACGUGUCUGUAGAAGCAACGGCGUAAAAGUGUGGAAUGAUGUCAAUUGAUUGUCCAGAUUGUCAGAGUGAUUCUUCUCGAUAGCCAUCCUGGCUGCAAAUUCCGUGCCUCGCUCGGAUGGCACAAUCCGCAUGCUAUUCUUCAAGCAAACCGCACUUGGAAGCGUGAUCUUCCGCGGAAGUGCAUUUGCGAUUAGAUAAAGUGGGUCAGGUCCUCUCUGACAGGCAAUUGAUCUCGUGACCUUGGUACCGAGGCAU